CAGGGGCCUUACGUGAACUCGCCCGCCACCAAAACGCAAGCGAAACACCACCCUCUCCCAGGAGACCUCGCUGGUGCCCUUCAGCACCUCUCGGCAUAUCUAGUGAGCAAGAACAGAAAGCUCACGAUCAUCGCCGUCGGAGGUGUGGUCAAUACCCUCCUACUCGAAACCAUACGGCGCUACUUCUCCGUGCCAUACGCCACGAAGCAAAACGCAGCACUAGCGCUUGAAUGGCUCAAUAACCACACAGUGUUGUUUAUCGCUGGCCCUAUUCGACGCAUGCUUACCACGGAAGCCUUCAACCAAAAUGAGGUUGUCUUCGAUGCCACAGGCUUACGUCUCCUCGCUGCACCUUGGCAGUACUUGUUUUGCACAAAGUUGAUCGGAUAG